AUCAAAAAAGGAAGGGCCACCUCCUCCCUCCUUCCUCUGGACUCCGAUCCCCUCCGCCCUCCGCCCUCCACCCCUUCGCCCAUCCAAAACCACACCACCACAACGAACCACCCGCCUCCGGCUCUCCGGCUCCUGCUCCGGUCCUCACCUCACCUCUCUCCCGUAUAAAACACCACCCCCUGCCUAAAUCCACGGUCCACACCCCUUGCGACGCCAUGGCUCUCGCCCUUCGAGCGCCCCGCUUUCAGCCGCUUCCCGCCUCCAUUCCCGCGACCUCCACCGCUUUCGCCAGCACCGCGAGGCAUUCCUCCUCCGCCGCCGCCAUCUGCGCCGCCGCGUCGCCGUUCACCGAGGCCACGUCCUCCUCGAGAUACCGCCGCGACGCCUGGUCCUACACUGCCCAAGACUCCUCCUCUCCCUCGUCCGCCGCCGCCGCCGCUGCUGCUGCGGCCUCGGGACGCCGGGACGACGAGAUCGCUCUGCAGCUCCCGGAGCUGCGGAGGCUUCUGAAGGCUCUCAGGGCGUCCAGAGGGAAAGGGCUGGAGGGGAAGGACGGCGGCGGUGGGCCCGGGAGGGUGGCGCUGGUGGGGACGGGGCCCGGGGACCCGGAGCUCCUGACGCUCAAGGCGGUUCGGGCCAUCGAGGCAGCGGACCUAGUGCUGUACGAUCGCCUCGUGUCCAACGAGGUGCUCGAUUUGGUCGCGGAGGGCGCCAGGCUACUCUACGUCGGCAAGACGGCUGGAUACCACAGUCGCACUCAGGAAGAAAUUCAUGAGUUGCUCCUGAGCUUUGCCGAGGCUGGUGCCAAUGUGGUGCGGUUGAAAGGCGGCGAUCCUCUGGUCUUUGGAAGGGGUGGAGAAGAGAUGGAUUUUCUACAGCAACAAGGAAUUAAAGUUGAAGUUAUUCCAGGAAUUACCUCUGCUUCAGGAAUUGCAGCUGAACUUGGUAUUCCGCUAACCCAUCGGGGUGUCGCUACCAGUGUCAGAUUUUUAACCGGGCACUCUAGAAAUGGUGGGACGGAUCCUCUACAUGUGGCAGAGAAUGCAGCCGACCCAGACACAACUUUGGUUGUGUAUAUGGGUUUGUCAACAUUACCAUCACUAGCUCCCAAGUUAAUGAAGCACGGUCUUCCAGCAGAUACUCCUGCUGUUGCAGUAGAGCGUGGGACUACCCCCCAACAGCGAAUGGUAUUUGCAAUGUUGAAGGAUCUUGUGAAUGAGGUCCACUCGGCAGAUCUGGUUUCUCCAACUCUGAUAAUUAUCGGCAAGGUGGUGGCCUUGUCACCCCUAUGGGUUGAGUCAUCUAAACAAGAUGCGCUUAAUAAUGAGAACUCGUCGCAACUGAGUCCAACAAUUUUUCCUGUAUAAAGUACAAGGGAUGUUAAUGAACGUCACGCUUUUGGAACAUUUCCAAAUUGAGAUCUAAGGCUAUAUGAUCUGGUUUUAGGUUAGGACAUGCAAACACAGGGCAUAGUGAAUCUGGACAAGAGAGCAAACACAGGGAGCAUAUAUUUUGAAUAAUAUUGCAGUUGCAGAAGGCGUACAUAAAACCACAGAGAACAAGAGUUCAGUUUAACCGGCGGCGACAGUCCAUGAUUUGGCUUAAUCUACUGAACUGAGCAUAGUUUAGUUUUGGUCUUGGACCAUAUGUAUAUCUUUCUUGAAUCAAAGGUAGGAUCUGUUUUGUUGUCUCUGUCGCAUUACUUUGUUUUGGGGCUACUCUUGAAACAUGUUGAGCAUUGUAUGCCAGUAUUCUGUCAGGCUCAUUUGUUUGGUUUAAUAACGAAUUUUGAACAAGUUCCACA